CGGCCUUUUAAAGCACUCUCAUUCUUUCUCAAUACCCAAAACCACCAGGAUCAGAAGAAGAUUCUUAAGAUGGUGAACUAUGUGCUCAAAAUCACGGCUGAUCUCGAGAAUCUCACUAAUCUCCAGCCCUCCGGUGGCUGCGAUGAUCCCAACUUCCCUUACCUCUUCAAGUUGAAAUGUGAACAAUGCGGAGAGGUGACUCAGAAAGAAACAUGUGUGACUUUGAAUGAGACUUUUACUCCUCCUGGAGGUAGGGGUACUUGCCAUCUCGUUCAGAAGUGUAAGUUCUGUGGAAGGGAAGGGAAUGUGACAAUGAUUCCAGGGAAAGGUCGACCUUUAACUCAGGAAGAUUCUGAGGCUGGAGAGCAUGCUCCUCUUAUGGUGUUUGACUGUCGAGGCUACGAACCCAUUGAUUUCGGAUUUGGUGGAUUUUGGAAAGCUGAAGCUGAAUCUGGAACCAAGUUUGAUGAGAUUGAUUUGUCGAGCGGAGAGGAGUUCACAGAGUAUGAUGAGAAGGGGGAGUGCCCUGUUAUGAUAUCAAACUUCCGUGCAAGCUUCACCGUCACCAAAUGAUCUGUUGUUCUGUUUCCUUUAUCUCUACACACUUGGUGUAUGUAAAAACUCAUUACUCAAGUUCUAAUAAAGCUCCCGUGUUCGGAAACUCA